UCUUCAAGUAUGUUUCUUUUUCUUUCUAGGAACCACAGACAUGGCAACUACACAAUCUGUCUUCACAUUUGCUCUCUGCAUUUUAAUGAUAACUGAAUUAAUACUGGCUACAGAGAGCUAUUAUGAUAUCUUAGGAGUUCCAAAAAAUGCAUCUGACCGCCAGAUUAAGAAGGCAUUUCACAAGCUGGCUAUGAAAUACCACCCAGACAAAAAUAAGAGUCCUGGUGCAGAAGCAAAAUUUAGAGAAAUUGCCGAAGCAUAUGAAACAUUAUCAGAUGAGAACAAACGAAGAGAAUACGAUCAGUUUGGCCGUCAUGGAGGACAGGGAAGUAAUGGAAGCCCUUUCCAUCAGUCAUUUAAUUUCAACUUUGAUGAUUUGUUCAAAGACUUUGACCUCUUUAGUCAAAACUCACGGUCAAAAAAGCACUUUGAGAGUCACUUCCGAAGUCAUCGGGAAGCUCACAGUCGGCAAAGACGUUCCUUCCAGGAAUUCUCCUUUGGAGGUGGACUGUUUGAUGAUGUGUUUGAAAAUAUGGAAAAAAUGUUUUCUUUUAGUGACUUUGAAAAUGCACACCGACAUGCAGUGCGAACUGAUAACAGGUUUCAUGGAUCUAGCAAGCACUGUAGGACUGUCACUCAGCGGCGAGGAAACAUGGUUACUACAUAUACAGACUGUUCGGGGCAAUAAUGUUUCCUUUCUGUUUUCAUCUCUUUUCUUCUCCUUUCAACAUCUUCAUAAUCUUUCUUGGUUUUGUGCUAAUAUGGAGAAAUUUCUUUAAACUCUCUGUUCUAAAAAACACUUAACGUUACUGCUAUAAAGAAAUUUUAGAUAAAACUAAUCCUUCUUAUGGAAACAACAUGCAUUUGGGAAAUGAAAUGUCUCAAAAGCUGCUUAGAAUGGGAAGGGGAAAGAAAUGAUCUCAUGUGACAGAAGAAGAGAGAUAUAUAUAUAUUUUUUUUUUCAGUUUAGUAAACACUUUCCGUAAAUUUGAACUUUAACACAUGAUAAUUUUUAUUUUUAGAAAUGUAAUAUAAACUUUUUUCCUCAUAUAUGCCAGUUCAGGGUGUUUGAGUUGCUGGUGUAGGAAUUUCAGCAGAGGAGACAGGAGUUGCUUUAUGCUGAAGUGUUGUCUUUUUUUUUUUUUUUUCCCCCCCUCCCCCUUAAUAUAUUUCCAAGUUUUCACUUGCAGUUUUCACCUGAUACGGACUUACUGUGUGAAUUAAUCGUAUUUGGCACAAAAUAGAAGUGGAAAUGCGACUUACCUGGGUCUUAAUUUGAAUACUCUAUUCAAUGUUGUUUAAAUGUAUUAAAAAUAAAACCCUUUUUCUUUUAAAUUGGGUAGUAAUAAGAGGAAGUACGUUAAGAUUGUGCUUCACCCAGAAAGUGAUUUGGAGUUGCUUGUAUUUCUAAGUAGCCUUACAUAGGCCUCUGAAGAUUUUAGGAUGUGAAUGACCCUUGAAUACUUUAGGUCUAUUCAUGGGUACAAGUUUCUGUGCACGCAAGGUCUUUGUUUUUUUUCUUAUUUUUCUUCAUACAAACUUCUUUUUACCCAGUUUGAAAGAGCAUACUGAAUAUUCUCUUGUUUUGUGCUUAUUAUAUUACCACAUGUGAAAUGUAGUUUCCAUAGCUCAGUUUAUUGAAUUUAAAUACUCCUCAGAGCUCUGGUGAACUUAAACAAGAUAAGCUUAGCUCCAGAUGCCUAGUGUUUCUGGAAGUUUCUAAAUAAGGAAUAAAUAUAUUGUGUUUAGAAUGACU